UGUUGCUCAGUUGUUCCAGUAAAAGCAGAAAAAAACACACCCACUCUGCCCAGUCCCAUAAUGGGGAAGUGAGCUGAGGCUUUCGGUUGUUUCCAAAACCAGCCAUCAGUGCGACACAAAGUCAGCUCUCGGUUAAAACAGAAAGCUUGUUGUAUGUAAGACAGACGAACGAAACCGAUAGAUCUGCCUUUCAGCGGUGAAUCCUGGAAUAAUUUGGAAAUCAUUUGACCCAACGCCAGUUAGGAUGUGUGCCUUAAUCCUCAUCCUGCAGUUAGGCCUUUUAAUCAGUUUAGACUUUACUGAGUCUUCUGGAUUUCAUACCACAAGAGCAGAGCCUGAACUGGACCUGGAAUGCCUGAACGAUUUCAUAAAAGAGAUGAUGUGCACUUUGAAUUCAGACCAAGCGGUCAGCUGCUCCGACUACAGUCUCACUGAGUAUAUAUACGAGUCAACACUUACUUGUCAUUUAAAGCAACUCGAUUCCAACACAUGUGAAUGCACAGUGCAUGUGGAGGAGGGCUUUGUUUUGAAAGAGCAAUACAAGGUCGAAGUGUGGAGAAAGAAAAACUUGUUGUUCACUAAAAAAUUCAGUACUACAGAAAGCAUUAAGCCUAAGAGACCUGAACAGCUGUCAGUCAGCCAAACACCGAUCGGAAACUUUCUCGUUGCUUGGGACACGAUGUAUAGCACAGACGAAAUAUUCAGUCCUACCCUGAUUUCGGAGCUGACUUACUAUAUCGAAGGAAAGAAAGGAAGCAAAAGAACUGUCACUGUAUCGAGCCAGUUUGAAUAUGAGCUUGUAGGCAGGAACCUUGAGUCAAAUUCCAACUAUAUUGUGAUUACAAGAAUAAGAUCGCUCUUAAACAAAAGAUUCAGUGACUACAGCGAUCCGUGUAGAUUUUCCACACCCUCAUCUUCGAAGGACAUUCUCAGGAUAAUAAUUCCCGUCAUAAGUAUAAUUCUGAUCAUCAGCAUUUUCCUCUUCUACUACUUAUGCAACAAGAUACUGAAAGGUUGGUGGGACAAGAUUCCUAAUCCGAAAAUAGCUUCUAGUUUUGUGAAACAGGUCCCAAACUUGCUGUCGUUUCAAAACGAGUUCUCCCCUGUCCAUCUCGAGUCUUCAAAGCUGAUGCACUAUGGGGAUAAGAUAUGGCCCGUGUCUUCUCCUGUAGACAUCAGACGUGAAAAUAGCCUCAACAGCCUCGAUAAAGAUUCAUCGGGAGUGAGUUACAGCCAAACAGGAAUUCAGGUUUUGGACGAAAACAGCCUUGAAAAUAUCGCUAAUGGGAAAAAAUCUCAGUCAACAAUCAACGGGAUACCCAUGUCGAAACAUUAUUAUCAAAACUCCGAUUUCAAGGUAAACAACACAACCACUGAACUCUCUAAGUAUGACUUUCCUCCUCUGGAUAAACACCUAGACCCGAUAAAGAUAGACACAGAGUACAGCCCGUGUACCCUGUGUACUGCAAGCUCAGGGUCUGAAAACACCUCCCCGAGUCAGUUCACACCCUCCAGCAGCGAGAUUACUGUGGUUUACGGAUAUAAGAGCAUUAGUAGUCUCCUUGAUAGUGCAUCUGAGUGCCAAUCAGUUAACAGCUCUCAUAAUGAUGAUAAUCAGUUCCCGGAGAAGCUCAUGAACAGCAAGAACAUUCCCUUAGAAAGCCCCAUCAUCCCAGUGGAGAACGAAUAUAAAGAUCUUCAUAGCUUACUCUGUAAUUCCGAAGAACAACAAAGCAUCAUCGCUGCUCCUGAAAUAAAACAGCUCGGUGGCCUGGACUUACAUACAUCUCCAGGUAUUGAAAUCGACUGUUCCUAUCACAGGGUUUGAAGUCGCAGUUCGGAAAGAGAAUUUCCAUGAUUCCAUUGAAUGUCUGCCGUCGUUUUCUAGCAAUUUAGCGGCGAGAUCAGGCUUAAAAAAUAACAAAGUGCGUAAUCAUACUACACACUUGCGGACAGCUUGAUGAACACCGCAGCCUCAUUAUCCAGAUGUUCCCUGAGAUCCGCUGUUUAAGCUCCGUAAGUAUGGGAGUUUUCCAGGUGACAUUUUUUUUUUUUUAUGUUUCAAACUAUAGCAAUAUCAAUGACAUGAAUUUAAGUUUAACUGUACAAAUGCUUACUCUUGCUUAAAGUGUUGCACUGUAUUGCAUGGCUAUCGUUGCGUUUUACUUCGGCACAGCAUUUAAGCAAUGCAGUAAUCAUAACUAAUGCAUGCAGCUAAUGACUCAACAGUAAAAUGUCAAACGCUAAAGCAGAAAUACAGCUGACGGUUGAAUGUU